CCUCUCCCAGCAUUUCGACAGCUACACGAAACCAACGUCCUUAACGAAGGGAGCAGCAUUCUUAUUUCAAAUGGUCCUCUCACUCAACAGCGGACGACUAAUCGAUCACAGAUAGGGCAAAACAGAUGAGCAUGGCCGAUGUCCGAAUGAAGAUUGAAUCUUGACUACUAGUGAAGGCUGAAACGGUGGAGAGUUGACGCACACAUAUAACAAGGAGCUAGUUAUACAAAUCUUUGGUUGACGGGAUGGCAGAGGGCUUUUUGAUGGAGGUGUGUGUGGACAGUGUGGAGUCUGCCAUCAACGCCGAGGGGGGAGGUGCUGGUCGGCUGGAGCUGUGUUCUAGUCUACUAGAGGGAGGAAUCACGCCCAGUAUAGGUCUGCUGCAAGUGGUGAAGCAGUAUGUGCGUAUCCCGGUCUAUACCAUGAUUCGUCCCCGCGGGGGGGAUUUCCUGUACUCUGACUGGGAAGUGGAGGUGAUGAGAAAGGACAUUGAGCUGGUGAAGAGUCAUGGGGCAGAUGGACUGGUGCUGGGAGCUCUGACUGAGGAUGGGAGAAUAGACGCUGAACUCUGUAUGGAAUUGCUAGCUGUUUCUCGUCCUCUACCUGUUACUUUCCACAGAGCCUUUGACAUGGUGCACGACCCCGUGGUUGCCUUGGAGACGCUGGUGUCUUUGGGGUUUGAGCGUGUUCUGACCAGCGGCUGUGACUGUUCAGCUCUGGAGGGACUGCCUCUCAUCAAACGCCUGGUGGAACAGGCUAAAGGGAGAAUAACCAUUAUGCCUGGAGGGGGUAUCACAGAGCGGAAUCUCCAGAGGAUUCUAGAAGGUUCUGGGGUUCUGGAGUUCCAUUGUUCUGCUCGCUCCAGUAAGGACUCUGCCAUGAAGUUCAGAAACUCCUGUGUGAACAUGGGCGCCUCACUGACAGCUCCCGAGUACGGCCUGAAGGUGGCAGACGUGAGCAAAGUCCGCUCUCUGAACGCUAUAGCCAAGAACACCCUGUAGCGACAACACGCAGACAAGCACAUGCACACCUGAACUCCCUGUAUGGCUGCUGGACAGCUGUCCUCAGCCCCUUUGGGUAGCAGGUCCUACUGCUCCUAUUGAGCCUGACCCAAAAAUAGUGCACUAUAUAGGGAAUAGGGCAGGGCUCUCCUACCCUGUUCCUGGAGAGCUACCAUCCUGUAGGUU